AUGUCUCGUGCUGCUUUUCUCAUAUUUAUUACUACUGUUCUCCCAAGUGCAAUUUAUACAAUAAUAUAUCGACCAGUUGUUCUUAUGCAUGGUAUCGUUGCACCUGCUUCUGAUAUGAAUGAAAUCGCUGAUUGGCUUCGAACAUCUUUUUCUGGAAUUUAUGUUGUGUCAAUUGAAAUAGGAAAUGGUUUUGAAGAUUCAUUUUUAUGGUCAUUAGAUAAACAAGUCGAACAUUUUUGUACUACAAUUCGUAGUGAUGUUCAUCUUCAACAAGGUUUUAAUAUGCUUGGAUUUUCUCAAGGAAGUCUUAUUGUACGAGGUGCUGUUGAACGAUGUUCAUUUCCUGUUUAUAAUUUAAUAACAUUAAGUGGUCUUCAUCAAGGAGUAUUCGGUAUACCUUAUAUUCUAAAAUUUCCAACUCGAUUUCGUCAAUUAAUAACAAAAUAUGCAUAUGAAAAAUUAAUUCAAGAUCGAAUCAGUAUUGCAAAUUAUUGGCGUGAUCCAACACAAUUAAAUAAAUAUAUAUCUCAGUGUCAUUUUCUUCCUGAUAUAAAUAAUGAACGUGAAACACUUAAUGAAACAUAUCGUAUAAAUAUGUUAAAAUUAAAUGCAUUUGUUAUGACAUAUUCAGAUAUUGAUGAAAUUGUAACACCAAGAGAAUCAGGUUGGUUUCUUGGUUAUGCUUCACAAACAUUAAAAGUUGAAACAUGGAAUAAUUCAAGACAAUUUACUGAAAAUCUUAUUGGUAUGCGAACAUUAUGGGAACAAGGAAAAUUGCAUAUAUUUAUCUCUCAUACACGCCAUCAAGAUACUCCACAUGCAUCAAAUAGAGAUUUUUUUAUGAAAAAUAUUUUUCAAUUUUUUAAUAAUACAUUUGCAUAUUCUUUUACAUCUUAG